GUCCUGCCGCUGCUGUUCCCGCUGAUGGCGGAGGGCAAUGCGGAGCUGUGCGAGCGCACCUGCUACGCGCUGGACACCUUUUGUGAGGCGCUGGAGGGUGCCGAGAUCGUGGCCUACCUGCCGCAGCUGGUUUCGGGGCUGUGUACGGUGCUCAGUGUCACGGGUCCUGCCGUACAGGAGCUGGCGCUGUCCGCGCUGGCGUCAGUGGUGGCGGCGGCGGGGAGGGAGUUCGAGCCGUACCUGGCCUCCAUUCUUCCCGCGCUGCACCACUUCCUCUCCUCCUCCUCCCCCGCGCUGCUGCCCUGCCGCUGCCGAGCCACGGAAACCGCGGGGCUGCUGUUUGAGGGGCUCAUGGGUCAGGGAGCGGCCGGGAGUACGGCAGGCCAAGCAGGUCAGGGUGCAAGUACGGCAGGAGGAGGAGGAGGCGGUUGUACGGCACUGCGGGAGCUGGUGCCUGCGUUGAUGGAGCUGGGGCUGCAGGGUUUCAAGCUGGACAGUUCCGAACUGCGGGAGUACGGUCACGGCAUGUUUGCAUGCAUCGCAAAGGCCCUAGCUGCGGACUUCCUGCCCUACCUGCCGCACUGCGUCCCCCGCGCGCUGGAGUCGCUGGCACAGGACGACGGGGUGUAUGGGGACGAGGAUGAGGAUGAGGAGGAUGAAGACGAGGAGGACGAGGAGGAGGAGGAGGAGACGGACGCGCGGAGAGCGCAGCAGCUGAGCAUUCGUACAGGCGUGUUGGAUGAGAAGUGCGCCGCGGUGGCAGCGCUGGGCCACUUCGCGCAGGCCUGCCCCGCCGCCUUCCUGCCCUUCAUGGAGGACACCCUGGCGGCGCUCACCAAGAGCGGGGGCGGCAUGUGCAGGUACUUCCACGAGGAGGUGCGGGUGCAGGCGGCGGAGGCGCUGCCCCGACUGGUGCUGGCGGUGUACGGCGCCUGCCCGCCGCCGCCGGGGGCCACCGGGGCGGCUGCGGUCACCCCGCAAGUGCGACAUGUGCUUGACAUUGCGGUCAAGGAGCUCAGUCGCGCACUGGACGACUCCGACCCGGGGGUCACCACCGCCGCACUGCAGUCCAUGACCCUGCUGCUGCGGCAGCUGGGCGCCGAGGCGCUGGGGCCGGAGGUGCUGCAGCUGCUGGCAAAUGCGGCAGCGGUGGUGAUCAAGGGGGAGGCGCCGUGCCAGCGGGUGUUCGAGGACGAUGAUGACGAGGGCGGUGACGACGACGACGACCCCUCCUCCGGCGGCGACGCAGCGGAGGAGCUCCUGGCAGCAGCAGCCGACCUGCUGCCCGUCCUCGCCUCCUCCGCCGGCCCCGCCGCCUACGCCCCCGUGUUCGAGUCCCUCCACCUGCCCGCCCUGCUCACCCGCCUCAAACCCCAACAGCCCGCGGACUUCCGCGCAGUUGCGGUGGGGGGGCUGGCGGAGGUGGCGGAGGUGCUGGGGGCGCAGCUGGCGGCCAGCAGCGGCGCCGCGGUGGCGGGUGCGAUGCCGGGGCUGCUGCGGGAGCUGAGGAGCGAGGAGGCCAUCAACCGGCAGAACGCGGCGUUCUGUGUGGGGGUGCUGGCGGCGGGGGCGGGGCCGGGCGUGAUGGCGCCGCACCUGGGGAAGCUGCUGCCGGCGCUGCACCCGCUGUUCUCCCCCUCCGAGGAGCCCGGGGUGCGGGACAACGCGCUGGGCUGUGUGGGUCGGCUGCUGUCAUGCGGCGGCGGGGCGGGGGCGGGGGUGCUGCCGCUGGAGGCGGUGCUGCCGGUGGUGCUGGGGGCGCUGCCGCUGCGUGAGGACGUGAAGGAGGCGGAGCCGCUGUACGGGGCGCUGUGCGGGCUUAUGACGGGCGAGCACGCCCAGCGCAUCGCCCCCCUUGUCCCCCAGCUGGUCGCCGCAUUCGGGGCCGCAGCGGUGCAGCAGCAGCCGCCCCUGCCGCCCCCCGUGGUGGGGCACAUGGCGCGCACGCUGGCAGCCCUCACGCAGCAAUACCCCGGACCCAUGGGUCAGUUGGUGGCAGCGCUGCCUCAGGAGCAGCGAGCGGCACUGGAGGCAGCGGCGGCGGCGGGAGCAGGGGUGCAUUGAGAGGUGGAUAUGUUCCCCGUAUCUGGGGGGCGGAGAGAGAGAGAGACUUGACCAGGCUUGACCAUUUGGCAUUUUAUGGAGCUUUGACAGCGGAGAUGGUAGUAGGAGGCGGCAGGGGUCCUGGAGUCUUUCAGAUUGCUGAAGGGGAUUCUGUGCGGUCUGGGGGUGUGGUGUGGGUUUGUUUGGUUGACGCUGCGGCUUUCCACGGCAGAAUGUGACACACAGCUGUGACAGUUAGAACUUGUUGUAGACGGUGGUGGUGGCGGUGGUCUAGCGUGGCCCAGGCGGUGUUAGAUAGGCAGUAGCUAGCUGCUCUUGAAUAGAGGUAGAGCAGGAUACGGCGCAUGCUUGAGAAGGU